AUGGACGAAGAUGAAGAGUGCGUCGACGGAGAAGAAGCGCCGGAAGAAGAGGCAAAGGAGGGAGAUCGGAAGCGAUGGAUGAAUGUCGAGUUACAAACUGCCAUCGUGAAACAAGCGAGGACGGUCUUGGACACUCUCCCCAAGAUCGCCGGCAACGGCACGCUGACUCCACCACAGUGGAUGAAGGAGCGGCAUCUGCCGCCCAAGUAUGUAGCGGCAGCGUUUAAUCGACGUUUCCCUGACGCCCCGAUAUGCCGGCCCGCCGACAGCCUGGAGAAGCGCGCCGCUGCGGCGAUGAAAGCGGCGAAAGUAACACCAGCGAUGAGUGCCCGGGUCGAGAACGGAGAGAUCAUUGAUGUGCUUUUGAAGGAGUCGGUCAUGGCCGUUUUCGCGACGACACAAGUUGUGUUCGCUCUCUACGUGCACGAGGUGGUCUUCUUGGAAGAAUUGGUCGGCAUUCCAGCUAUCCAGGCAAGGUGCCCUCUCGUCUUGGAAAGUGCCAAGAAGGCGGCCAACAAAAAAAAAGUGGUUAUUGCGGAUGACGGGUGGGACGAGGCCACCAUCCGCGAGCAUUGCCCAAACGGCGGUUCCUUUACCACAAUGGACGACAGGUACAUGCAGUUGCCACCUGAGGAGAUUGUCUCGCGAUUGCCUUUUCGCUACUUUAGGCAAAAUGGCACGUCAGAGACUCUACUGGACCAAGUGAGGGCGACGGAGGGCGAUCUGCAGGACAAGGAGCACAUGCAACGCGAAUCCACUCGCAGUAUGGGGGGCAGUUCCUGUGCAUNUCGAAUCCACUCGCAGUAUCGGGGGCAGUUCCUGUGCAUGGAUGGCACGUGGCGCAUCGGUUUGAGGGUCAUUGAUUCUCCGGACUGCCUAUUUUUCCUGUUGGGGGAGGACGCCAAGGUUCACGCGUACGGAGCUGUGCAAAGCGAAAGGAAGGAGGAAAUAUACCUCCUUCUGAAGAGGUACGCGGAGAGACGGAGGAGGAACGGCACGCUGCUCGCUCUGGAGUGGUUGUACGACUACCUCUGCUGCAGAGGGGCUGAUGAUGUCACCAAGGGGUGGAUACGAUAGUCAGGACGUCCUCUGCUUCGACUUCUGGUUCGACACCGCCUCCGGCAUCGAAGCGCGCUAGAGGGGACAGAGAUAGAGCGAGUGAAAGAGUCGCUAGCGGGGUGCCUUUGAAGCUUGAACAGAUCAGCACCCUCAUGGACGCAGUCGCGAUCGCCUACAUGAAAGCCUGCAGGGCUGAAGUUGCAACGUUGCAACGUUGCACUCAAGCAGAAGAAACUAUCGGACUUUUUCGAAAGCAACAAUAUUUCAGAGUACAGGUACUCUCCUUCAAGACCUGAGACCUCGCCAGCGCCCGCUGUAGGACCCGCCAGUGGGCACAUGUCAAUCUGAGGGUUGGGGACUUGAAAUAUCUGCUGGUGUUGAGUUGUUGUAGAUGUAUUUAUCGGCGGGACCUGCUCUUUCUCCACCUUUGAUCCAGACAAUUAAGUAUUAUGUAUGAUAUCAUGCGUUGACCGUCAAGGGUGAUGGCUCUGUCCUCCUCUAUGCGUUUUGUUGUCUGGCGUAUGUGUUUGCAUCCUGCGUGGGAGACGGGAGAGAUAUUCCGUUCGUCUCGUCCCGCACGACCGGUACGGAUGGAGUAGAACUUUUGUUUUCGCCACGCCGAGCACGGAUUGAAGAAACAU